AUGUAUCUCCACAUGAAGCUAAGAUGCGGCAAGAUCUCAACAGGAAACACUGCAAUGAUGUGCGAUAAAUGCUCGGGAAAAUGCUAUGCAUGCGGCCUGGACACCAGAGAGUCCGUGGAAAAGGUCUACAUUUGCACCCCGUGCUUCCAUUCCACGUACAAAGACAGAUGCAUCGUUUGCAAGCUUAAGGACCCGAGAAACAAUGCAUACUAUUGCAGGGAAUGCAAGCUCCAGAAAAACCACGACAGAUGCCCUGUCCUCGCCCAAUAA